AUGGCAUUUGAGCACUACUUUGCUCAGGAAUGGAAAUCAAUCCAAGGUGUAUCAAGAGACUCGGAAAAUUCCAAUGGUUGCUUUGAUUGCAACAUCUGCUUAGACUUAGCACACGAGCCAGUGGUCACACACUGUGGCCACCUCUACUGCUGGCCCUGCAUCUACAAAUGGCUCUAUGUCCAGAGUGCUUCUCUUGCUUCUGAUGAGCACCCACAGUGCCCAGUUUGUAAGGCUGACAUAUCUCACACCACCAUGGUGCCCCUCUAUGGCCGUGGACAAUCCCUAAACGAACCUGAAGUAGAAGCCGAAGUAAAGGCACCCCGUAGGGGUAUGGACAUACCGCCUAGACCAGCUGCGUGUGGUAACCAAGCUUUCAUAUCGACCGCCAAUAGCAGCGGUCAGCAGCUUCCAUAUCGCAAUCCUUAUCAAAAUCAACAGCACAAUCCUCAUCCAUACGUCAAUCACGAGGAGGAUUCUACAUCUAAUUGGCAUAAUCUUGGUGGGACUCUCAGAGGUUUGCACCAUCCCAUGGUUGGAAUGUUUGGGGAGAUGGUUAAUGCAAGGGUGUUUGGGAGCUCGGCGGGGUUAUAUGGAUAUCCAAACUCAUAUCACUUGGCUGGGACUAGUAGCCCUAGGUUGAGAAGGCAAGAGAUGCAAGCAGACAAGUCGCUUAACAGAAUUUCAAUAUUCCUGUUUUGUUGUUUUCUUCUUUGCCUUAUAGUCUUCUGAAUGCAGUUUUAGAUUACUCUCCCCCGGUGUUUUGUACAGUUUGUAAAGAGUAUGGAGUUAAAAAAGGCUUAUGAUAAUGGAUAGAAUAUUAAUAUAAGUAAACAUUUGAGAUUUGCUUCAA